GGGCAGGAAGCGCUGUCACACACUGAAGGAAACGUUUCUAAGUGCUGCUGCUUGUUUGGACGUUUGACAGUAAAAAUAACGACAUAUAUCUCUGGACUCAAGCUCUGUGAUGGCCGUGGACUGGAUUGGAUUCGGCUAUGCUGCAGCCAUCGCUUUGGGAGGAUUCAUGGGAUACAAGAGAAAAGGCAGUGUGAUGUCCCUCAUGGCUGGUUUAGUUUUUGGUGGAUUAUCUGCUUAUGGUGCAUACAACAUCUCCCAUGACUCAAAGGAUAUCAAGGUCUCAUUGCUGGCCUGUGGAGUCCUCUCAUUCGUGAUGGGAAUGAGAUACAAGAAAUCUGGAAAAUUAAUGCCUGCUGGCAUUAUGUCCGGACUAAGUUUAUUGAUGGUGUUUCGGCUGUUGCUUCUCAUCAUGGUGUGACUGGGGGAACAAUACGGACCACACAGAGGGCUCUCUGUCUCUUGAUGAACAACCCUUGUUUUAAAGGAAACACCAUUCCCAGUUAGCAUACUAAAUCCUCUGUUUUGUAUCUAUAUCUUUCAUGUGACCAGAAACCUUGCAAAAGCUACCAGUGGGUGUUUAACAGAUUUAAGAUUAACUACUAAUCUUAUUGCAGUAAAUCUGUUCAGAUGAUUCUAUGUAAAUCAAAUAGUUUUUGCUUAUUUUUUUGUAUAUGUGCAUGAACAUAAAUCUCAGUUUACUUACUCAGUGUUGGCAGAACAAAAGAUGUACAGUAUGUGAGCUUUGUGGUGCUCCUGUUUUACUGUACACACUACAACAUCAGUUUUGCAAGCUGCUGAACAAUCAACUUUAGAAAGUUGGAAUAUUCCUGUAUUGCCUGAAAAAAGGGAACAAGAUUAAAAGAUAAAAAUGUG